AUGAAGGGCGGCUUUGGCUUCGCCGGGUCUCCGUUUGCAAAGCCCGCCGUCAUGGAGUCGGACGAGGGCGCCACGACGCUGAUGCCGCCGCCGCCGAAGGAUCCGUCCAAGGCGCCCAUUGAGAACACGCUCGAGGUGACGGAGAUGGGGGUGCUGGGCAAGGACAUCUUCACAAACACCCGGCGGCCGUGGCACCCCCCCGGGGCGCGCGGCAUCUUCGGCGGCGCCGUCAUCGCGCAGUGCCUCGCGUCGGCGCAGAAGACGGUGCCCGACAGCUUCCUGGUGCACUCGUGCCACUGCUACUUCCUGCUGGCCGGCGCAUCGGACGUGCCCAUCCUGUUCCACGUGGAGCGCGUGCGCGACGGCCGGUCCUUUGCCACGCGCACCGUCCAGGCCCGGCAGCGCGGCCGCUGCGUCUUCACCACGACGGUCAGCUUCGUCCGCUCCGGCUCGGGCGGCGCGGUCCAGGUCCGCCACGCGGCGCCGCUGCCGGCCGACGUGGGCGCGCCGCCCGGCGACGCGUGGGACGGCGAGCCGUCGUGGGCGCGCAACGGGCCCUUCCAGAGCGCGCGCAUCGAGGUGCUCAAGGCGCGCGACCCGGCGGCGCGGCCCGACGAGCGCAAGUGUCGCCAGUGGGUGCGCUGCCGCGGCGCCAUCUCGGCCGCCGGCGGCCACCAGGCCCAUCUCAACGCGCUGGCCUACAUGUCGGACAGCUACUUCAUCGGCACCGUGUCGCGCAUCCACCGCCUGUGGCGCUUCCCCUUUGCCCCCGGCGACGUCCCCGGCCUGCCCGCCGAGGUGCGCCGCCAGGUCGAGCAGGUCAACGAGUUCGAGGGCAUGGGCUCCAGCAUCGACGACUGGGCCGGCCGCCCGCGCCUCGGCAUGCUCGUCAGCCUCGACCACAGCAUCUACUUCCACGAGCCGCUGCGCGUCCGCGCCGAUGACUGGCUCUUUACCGAGAUGGAGAGCCCCUGGUCGGGCGACGGGCGGGGCGUCGUCUUCCAGCGCAUCUUUGCCAAGGAUGGCACCCUGCUGGCGACUUGCGUGCAAGAGGGAGUCGUGAGGCUAAAGCAAGACGGUACCGAAGAGGGUUCCAAGCUAUAG